AUGUCUGCUCUUCGAGAAAAAAUAGAAACUGAGUCGAACAGAGAGUUUAUGGAAAUACAAUUAGAAGAAAAGGAAAAAGUUUCGGUUUGCCUAUCACAAAUCGAGAGUGAUGUAAAAGAUAUUAAAGACAAUAAAAUUCCUACUAAUAAUGAUACACUUGUCAAAUAUUCAACAAUAACUAACGAUCCUAUGCUCGGCAGAACCUUGGUUACGGGAAAUUAUGAUAGCCUCGGUAAUGUUAGCACUCAAAAUCUUUCUAACGUUCUUUAUUUAGAAGAAUAUUCGGCUAAUUAUACAUUGAUUGAUGAACUAAAAAAUAAAUUAAGCAGUAUUCAGUCUCAAUUAAACCAAACUAUUUACCAACUAAAUGGCACCAACGACCAACUUGCUUCCUGGCAAA